CCUUGGAACGCUCACCCUUUUCUCUCCUGCUUCAUCUUUGCCCGCGCUUUUUGGAUUCGUGAUUAGAUACCCUAAUUAUAAAUUUAGACCCAAGAGAAGAAAAACAAAGAAAGCUCCCAGAAAGGACAAGGUCACUCCUGACCAUGCAUCAAUAGCUCGAGGCUUUUACUGUAAACAAGGGAAUGUCUACUGCAAUGGAUUAGAGCGAACUGAAACAAAGAACGAGCAUAAUGAUCUUCAACAUCAGCAACAUCCGUUCACCAUGGGAUGCGCAAACACAUUUGAUAAAGAUCAACUGCGCGAAAAAACGAGACAAACAGAGGCCCUUAAACAUUCCGCAGCUCUUGCUACUGCUUUUCAUCAUCUGAAUACGGAUCGGAUGCCUCGUUUUGAAUGUCAUGUCCAUCAGGAGCUACAGUACUACAGUCCGUAUUUUGCUAUACAUUCUUCCUUAUUAUGCGAGGAGGCUUCUGAUAGGACUACUACAAAUCACUUCCUCCCUACCAUUGACUCUACUUUUUCCAAUGCUGCUGCCUAUUCUGCUGCUGCCUAUUUUGAGACGACUCACAUGGAUUCCUCUCCUCUGUUGGAUAGUACGUACCAUCCAUUCUUUACCGUGGGUUCUAAUUUUUCCGAUGCCAGCACUACGAGUACCGCAGGCUAUUCACGCUCUCAAAGUCCAUUCUCUGUAUUAGAUCAUCAACCUCAGUAUGAUGACGUUUUGCUGUCAAAUGCCUCAUUUCAGACCACCAUCUACAGUAAUCCAUCCUUAUCGUCUCAUUUUCUAUAGUGUAAAGUUUGCAUGUAUAGAAAAAAACUAUACUUUUCCGCUCAUCCCAAGAAAAUCAAGUGUAAUAGUAAUGUAUUCAAUUCAAAACUGCCUUAUUCUAGAUAUACCUUCCCAC